UCAGUUGUUGAUGGCGUAUCGUGCAGAGCAGUUGGCUUGAAGCUUUUUGGCUGGCUAGAGACGGACGCGCGAUUUGGACGGACGGUUAAACCGAUAAAAGGCAGCCAAUCGGGUGAAAUCUACGACAAAAACAACAAAAACAACAACAACAACAACAUCGGCUCGUCGCGUCUCUUCUUCAAUCAGUGUUCGCAUAUGUGUGUGAGUUUGUGUUUGUGUGUGUGCUUUUGCGGUAUUUCAGCGCAUGCCAAAAGUGUGUAAGAAAAUUAGUGAGAAAAUUGUAAAAUAAAUGAUAAUAAUACUAAUAAUAAUAAUAAUAGCACAAAUUAAGCAAAGCGAAAUGUAAAUAAAUGAGGCCAAACGAUAAUAGAGAGUCGCGAAUUAUGGCACAAACUCGUCUAUAAAUACCAUUGAGUGAACCACAAAGGAAAGAAAAAGUGUCGAAGAACCAAAUCGCAACAAAGAACCGAAAGUUGAAAUACAAUUCAACAUUUGCUGUAAACAGGUCAAGUGGUGCUACCUGCCUGUUGAACUGGCUGAGCCGGCGACGCAGACGAGACACUGUGGUGCUGCUGGUGGUGCCGGUGGUGGUGGUGUUUGUUGUAGUGGCCGUGCCACAAUUAUGACACAGACAAUGCCACAGAAGAGAUGGCAAUUUUGCUGGCUCAUUGCGGCACUUGCCGCUGUUGCAGGGCUAACAGUGACCGAUGCUCUGCCGUUUCUGUACACAAACGCAAGGGCGCCCAUAAAUUGGACGCAGCCGACGCAGGACGAUUGGCCAGUGGAGGCGCAACCGCGCAGCAUAGUGCCCCAUGUGGAGAUCAAGUAUCAUGAGAAUCGCACGAAUAGCGAACCCUCCGACAGCGAUGCCGAGUUCCUGGAACGUUUGCGUACGAUGCGAAGGAAUCGGACAUCGGCUCGGAUGUUGUGGUACGAUGCCGCGGCUGGAGAUGGACUCACGUAUCCGCCGUUUGUGGAUAAGGCCCUCAAGCUGUUCAAUCUGAAACAGGUGGCCUUCGAGAUUGAGAACAGUGUGCUGUCCAAGGUGUCCUGCACGGCGUGUAAGGCGGGCGCCGGACUGCUCCAGCAUUACAUCAAAUCGGGCAAAACCGAGGCGGAGCUGAUGAAAAUGAUUGCCCAAUAUUGCACGAAUCUGAACAUUCAGAGUCCGCGCGUCUGCGAGGGAGUCGCCCAUUUGUUUGGCAGCGAACUGAUAUAUGUGCUGCAGCGCGUCAACCUGGGACCCGAUGAGCUGUGCAGCUUCAUCAUUGGCGAUGGCUGCGGCGAUGUCUACAAUCCGUAUCACGAAUGGGAGGUUAUAUUUCCGCCGGUGCCAAAGCCACCACGCCUCUCCGACCUGCCCAUGCCGAUGGAGGCGGCUCCGUUCUUUAAGGUGCUGCACAUCUCCGACACCCACUACGAUCCCCAUUAUGUGGAGGGUGCCAAUGCGGAUUGCAAUGAGCCCUUGUGUUGUCGCUUGAGCAGCGGUCGGCCUGCGAAUCCCAAUGCAGCUGCUGGCAAGUGGGGAGAUUACCGUAAAUGCGAUACGCCCAAGCGAACCGUGGACAAUAUGCUCGCCCAUAUCGCUGACACGCACAAGGAUAUCGACUAUAUACUCUGGACGGGUGAUCUGCCGCCGCACGAUGUGUGGAAUCAAACGAAACAGGAGAAUCUCGAGAUUAUCAAAGAGACCGUUAAGCAAAUGACGGAGAAAUUUCCCGGUGUACCCAUCUUUCCCGCACUGGGCAAUCACGAGAGUGCACCGGUGAACAGUUUUCCGCCGCCCUAUGUCAAUCAGGUGGACAUCUCCAUUAAUUGGCUGUAUGACGAACUGGAUGUCCAAUGGCGUCGCUGGCUGCCACAGAGCGUCUCACACACGGUGCGUCGUGGCGCCUUCUAUUCGGUCCUGGUGCGUCCGGGUUUCCGCAUCAUAUCCCUCAACAUGAACUAUUGCAACAACAAGAACUGGUGGCUCCUACUCAACUCCACAGAUCCCGCCACUGAGCUGCAAUGGUUCAUCUAUGAGCUGCAGAGCGCUGAGUUCUCCAAUGAGAAGGUCCAUGUCAUUGGCCACAUUCCACCGGGUCAUUCGGAUUGCCUGAAGGUCUGGUCUCGCAAUUUCUACAAGAUCAUUUCGCGCUAUGAGAGCACAAUUACCGCCCAGUUCUACGGACACACCCAUUUCGAUGAGUUCGAAAUGUUUUACGAUCCACAUGAUCUGACGCAUCCCAAUAGCAUUGCCUACAUAGGACCCUCCGUGUCGCCCUACUACGAUCUGAAUCCAGGAUACCGCAUUUACUAUGUGGAUGGUGAUCACGAUACGACGACGCGUCUGGUCAUAGAUCACGAAUCGUGGAUUAUGAAUCUGAAGGAGGCCAAUCUGUAUGGUUAUCCGAUUUGGUAUAAGCUAUAUACGGCCAGAGCUGCUUACAAUAUGAAGGCUCUGCGACCCAGCGAUUGGGAUAAGUUGCUCAACGAGCUGACCGACAAUCAGGAGCUCUUUGAGAUGUACUACAAGAAUUACUGGAAAAACUCACCCGCUCGACCCACCUGCGAUGCGGAGUGCAAGAAGAGGAUGCUCUGCGAUUGCAAGAGUGGACGAUCCCAUGAUCGUCGCCAUUUCUGUGCGGAUGUCGAGUCCAAGAUCGACGAGGGCUCCUCGAAGUCAUGGAAGUCAUGGUUCUAUCGCGGAUUAACCAAUUCUGGGGAACAUAACACCGUGGAGGAGGAUAUGAAUACAACUUCCUGGGGCGGCUUGGAUAUUAUUUACGGUACAUUUGGUUGAGGUCAUGAUCACAACCCAAUUUGUAAAUAUAUACAUAUAUAUCUAUACAUAUACAUAAAAUAAUCUAUACAUAAAUAUAAAGCUUAAGCAAAAUCACUUAUUUGGUUUAUGGUUAAACGUUAAAUUUAAAUUAAUUAUAGUUGUUGAGAAUAAAUGCGUUUUCUGAUAUUAAUUGUACACAAUGCGUGUAUUAUCCUGUAAUUCUCAUUCUCAUAGCUACAGCCUGCUCUCGUCCAUCACCUACCUGCCCAAAUAUCUGCUGGGCUAUGGUUGAGCCCACUUUUCAAACGCAACAAGUCAAACUGCAAAAGUCAAAUCGCAAAUCGCAAAUCGAAUCAGUGCAAAUUUUCAACCGCCUAAACAAUAAGAUUACUAUGUGAUAAUUAGUGUAUAAAUUAAGUUAGGUACAUGUAUGUUUUACUCUUACUCUGCACCAAUCACAAUGAUAAACCAUACCCUACCCCACACCCAGUAACCAGCUACACCACCUGAAAUCCCUGAUCACAUUUAAACUGAGUCAUUGAACAAUAGUCAUUAAAUUAGUCACAUCAUCGUCGUCGUCGUUGCCGUCGUUGUCGUCGAGUGCAGACGCUUUUGUGGUGGGCGUGGCAGGUGUGAGUGUUCGCCCACCCUAAGAGGAGUGGGUGGCCAAGGACCAAGCACGGACAACAUAAAGGAAAGCCCGUUGAACAAAUUACUUAAUAGUCGAUUUAGACAUAACUAGUUUUUAAUACAUCAAUAAAGUGCAAUUAAAAGAA